AUGUCAAGCUUGUUUGCCACAUGUGUCGGGCACACCAUGGCCUUUGGGGAUCAGGCUAAAGCUUACAUUGGAUUGGCUGGUUUGUUCGUGGGCAUUGGCGAAGUGUUGGGUAGCUGUACUGUUUUUCUCAAGCGCUGGUUACCAUCGGACGGGAUUAUGUGCCUGUUUGGUUACGUGCCUGGACUUACUGGUGUCUUAAUUUUCUUCUUGAAUCUACCCGGGAACAGCCCAAUGACCGACUCGAACGAGCAGACCUAUAUCACACCCAAUCCUGCUCUAUGCAUGCUGGUGUCCUGUUUCCUGGGCAUGGUUGACUCGGUAUGGAACACCCAGCUGAGCUCAGCAAUCAGCACAAUUUACCGGGACGAUGAAACCAAUCUGACCGUAACGUUUUCGCUUUUCCGUUUUGUUCACGCUCUGAUGGCAGCUGUCACGUUCGCGUACUGUGGAUAUUUGGCACUUCUGGGACACGUGCUGAUUUAUGCUGCCUGGGCCACGGUGUCCAUGGGCAACUUUUUCUAUGUUUACCGAAAGUAUUAUAAACCGAUCACGAGACAGAGGCAGUCUUCAUCGAGGAUUGAAAAGACGGAGGAUGCCAUAUCGUACACAACAGCUGUCUGA